CAGUCAAAACUUAAAUUUAGGAAUGAGGACGAACGAUUGUUUGUAACCGUAUCUCUUUUCAUUUCCAAUGUAAACACGUGUAAUUGUGUUUUGGUUUCCCGAGGAAGAAGAGAAGUAUUUAUAUUCAAAAGAAUAUAGAAAAUUAAUCCUUUGACUUGAUUAAUAUUUACAAAUACCGAAAAUGCCAGCUAGAAUGCAUCGCAAACAGACCAAGCGAGUUCAGUGUCGGAUAAAAUACAAAAGAAUAAAAAAAGCAGCUGAACAUAAUCGUAAGCUUCGUCGUGAACAGAAGAAAAAUCCUAAAAAAAGGAAGCCUAAGGAUCCUGGCGUUCCAAACAGUCUUCCAUUUAAAGAUGAGAUUCUUAAAGAAGCUGAAGUGAGAAAACAACGUGCAAAGGAUCUCCGCGAAGCACAAAAAGCUAGUAGACUGAAACAGCAGAUGGAAAAUAGAGGACUCGAAGAACUCGUCGAUGAAGCUGUUAUGAAGGAUAGUGAGUAUGAAAGUAAUAUUAUUGAGUAUAAAGAAAAAGAAAAGAAAGUGAAUAGCGAAAACUUCAAGUCGUAUUACAAAGACUUGAAAAAAGUAGUCGAAGCAGCAGAUGUUAUUUUGCAAGUUCUGGAUGCCAGAGAUCCUUUGGGUAGUAGGUGUCCACAGAUUGAAGAAAUGGUCAUCAGCAGCGGAAAGAAGCUAGUGUUGGUAUUAAAUAAAAUAGAUCUGGUUCCUCGUGCAAGUCUUGAAGCUUGGCUAAAAUAUCUACGCCAAGAACUGCCAACUGUUGCUUUCAAAGCUUCAACACAAUCACAGAAUACAAACCUCUCUCAAUCUAAGGUUGCCGCUAUUCAUAUCAAUGAAAGCUUAAAGCAAUCAAGCAGAUGUGUUGGUGCUUCUUUUCUAAUGAAAGUGCUAGGAAAUUAUUGUAGAAGUCAGAAUAUUCAAACCCUAAUAAAAGUGGGAGUUGUUGGCUUUCCUAAUGUCGGUAAAAGCAGUGUCAUCAACAGUUUGAAGAGGUCAAGAUCAUGUGGUGUGGGUGCUACAGCAGGUGUGACCAAGUCCGUUCAGGAAGUAUCAUUAGAUAAACACAUAAAAAUUUUGGAUUCUCCUGGUGUUGUUUUUGCAAAGGACGGCUCUGCUACGACAUUAGCACUGCGGAAUGUUGUUAAAGUUGAAACAUUGAAAGAUGUUAUCACUCCAGCUGAGGCUAUCAUACAAAGAGCAGAUCACACUCAACUUCGACUACACUACACCGUACCCGAAUUCACGUCGACUCAUGAAUUGUUGUGUUUGUUAGCCAAAAGAAUGGGCAAAUUUAAAAAAGGUGGCAUUCCCAAUGUUGAGGAAGGUGCUAGACGUCUAAUUAAUGACUGGAAUAGAGGGUAUAUUAAAUAUUAUACACAUCCUCCUGAGGUUUUCAAGCCAUCUACAUACAUAAGCACAACUUAUGUUGCAGAAAUGAGCAAAGCAUUUGAUAUUUCUUGUCUGGAAGAGCAAAUGGAACUUGAUAAAGCUCCAGGAGUGUUUCCUAGCAGAGGUGUUGCAGUGCAAUCUACUGACCCAACGGAAGGGCGCUUAGAGGAGACAGAAGGCUCAAAUGAAAUGGAGACGGAAGAUAACGAGUCAACCAAUCGAGAAGUUACUGUAACUUUUGAUGCCAAGAAAAAGAAAAGCAAAAAUAAUGAGACGGAUAUCGCUAUGAAUGACCUACAAAAAAAUAAAAUGGUAAAGAAGAGGUUUAAACAAAUGAAAAAGCGCCGCAAGAAGCUGGAUAAGGAGGCAAAUAGUGUUGCUGAAACUAUUGAAUCAUUAAGUUUUGAUUAGGUUUUAGAAAUGACUGAAAUAUUAAUUAAAUCUGCUAUUGUUUCUUUUAACAAUUUUCAGUAGCUAUUUGUAUUUAUAAAAAUUGGGUUAAUUGAAAAGUCAACUGUAAA